AUGCCAGUACUAAAUGAAGAUGGUCUAAAUGAUAUUGAUUUCGAAGACAAACCCCAAUCAAAUGAUAAAAGAAAUAUUGAUACAGAUACUUCAACUCCUAUUGAAGUCCCUGAUGGAGGAUAUGGAUGGCUUAUUCUUCUGGCGUUUGUUCUGUAUAACUUCUCUACUUGGGGAGCAAAUUCUGGUUACGCCAUUUAUCUAGCUCAUUACCUAGAAAAUAAUACAUUUUCUGGUGGAGGUAAACUGGACUAUGCAACUAUAGGUGGGCUGGCAUUCAGUUGUGGGCUUUUUUUUGCUCCGGUUAUAACAUGGCUUUAUCAUAUAUUUACAAUUCGAUUCAUUAUAGGAUUGGGAAUAUUAUUUCAAGGGGCAGCGCUUCUGCUAGCUGCUUUUUCGGUGACGCUCUGGGAGAUUUAUCUUACACAGGGUGUUUUGAUCGCAUUUGGUCUAGCUUUUAUUUUUAUACCCAGUGUCACACUUAUUCCACUAUGGUUUAGAAAGAAAAGAUCUUUAGCAUCAGGUAUAGGAACUGCUGGAAGUGGGUUGGGUGGUAUUGUCUUUAACUUAGGAAUGCAAAGUAUUUUAGAAAAGAGAGGUGUUAAAUGGGCACUUAUAGCACAAUGCAUAAUAUGCACAUCACUUAGCACUAUCGCGCUUAUGCUGACUAGAACAAGAUCGCAGGGCUCAGUCCAGCACAAAAUACAAAAGUUCGACUUGCUAGAUUGGGAUGUGCUCUCAAACUUUGGGGUUUGGUUGCUUUUUGGAUUUGUAUCGUUUGCUAUGUUAGGCUAUGUUGUCCUUUUAUAUUCGUUAUCAGACUUUACUGUUAGUCUAGGAUAUACCAGCAGGCAAGGUUCAUACGUAUCAUGUAUGGUGAGCGUAGGCUCUUUGAUAGGAAGGCCAAUUGUUGGCCAUAUUGCUGAUAAGUAUGGCCCAUUGACUGUUAGUGUGAUAUUACACUUUUUAAUGGCUAUUCUUUGUUGGGCUAUGUGGUUGCCUUGUAGGAAUUUGGCUACUGCAAUAGCUUUUGGAUUAUUAGUCGGUUCUAUUAUGGGAACCAUUUGGCCAACAAUCGCUUCAAUUGUUGCACGCAUUGUUGGUCUUGAAAAACUCGCUGCUGCUUUUGGUAUGACCUGGAUUUUUAUUGCAGCUUUUGCUUUAGUUGCACCAAUAAUUGGUCUAGAGCUUCGUGUGGUCAAUACAAAUGGAAACGAUUAUUAUCGUACAGCAAUCUUUGUUGGCUUUGCGUACUUCGGUGCGAGUUUAUGCCAAUGGCUAUUGAGAGGAUUUAUAAUAGCUCGAGAUGAGAUUGCUGUACGUGGCGGUUAUUUAGCUGAUCAGAACGAAUUACAUUUAAACGUUAAAAUAUCACAUAUGGGUAUAUGUCUUUUUCGUUACAAGCAAUUGCCCAGGAGGGUCUAG